GCGCUAUUGGAAGGCAUUGCGGAAAUCUAGAUUUCAAGGAAGAAAGUCAUACGGUCACAUUAGAGGUAGAUGAUUAUAAAAAGCUGUCUAUGAGCUGUGACUGAGCAUAGUUCAGUUUUGUCGUUGAAAUAAGGUGGACAACUUAUCGCCCAUCGAAACAUCAUGAAAUUUUUCGUCGUCGCUAUGGCUUUGAUAGCCGUGGUUGCUGCCCAGGAUGAAAGCAUGUACACCACCAAGUUCGACAACAUCAACCUGGAUGAAAUCCUCCAAUCGGAUCGUCUCUUCAAGAACUACUACAACUGUUUGACCGAUGCCGGGCCGUGCACUCCCGAAGGUAACGAGCUGAAGCGAGUGCUGCCGGAUGCCUUGGAGACGAACUGUGCCAAGUGUAGCCAGAAGCAACGUGAUGCUGGAACUCGUGCCAUCAAGUACAUGACCGAGAGCCGUCCGGAGGAAUGGAAGGUUCUGCGAGCUCGGUUCGAUCCGGAGAAUAAGUAUGUGUCGCAAUACCUGGCCGACGCUGAGAAGGAGGGAAUCAAAUUGUAAGACUGUAAUUUUCGGGAAUGAAAAUCCUUGAAAAGUGAUGUACCUGUGAAUUUUCUUGUUGUAGCGAAAUAAAGAGUCAAGCAAAAAAUAUUCAACAAUUACUACAGAACUUGUUGCAAGUUUCCAGCUACAGUGCAGUGUGAGCCAUUGAGGCAUCUGCUUAAAAUUCACCUAGAACAUUUUUUUGCCUGAGAAUGAUCGUGAGCAUAUUUCAGCCUCUUAAGCAACCGGAAGUGAAACUU